AUCGAUAAUUAUCGUUAACGUCAAAAAAUUAACGAUAAUAUCGAUGACCAUCAUUUAUCGAUAAGUAUCGAUAAGCUUCCCAUCACUAGUCCUAUCUGAAGAAUUUAUGUUCAAGGCAUGUAAAAAGGAAGAAGAAAAAUGGUUGUUUUUUCGUGACUAAUACUGGAUAAAAAAAUAUUUUCCCUGUUUUAUCAAUACAGUUCAAUUUUUUAGAGGAACUGCAAAUAAUUGAAAAUCUAGCUAGUUAAAGGAAAAUUUGAAUCGUGUUCCAGAUUCAUGGCUUAUGUUGCAAAUCGAUGAUGGAAAGCAGAAAGCAGCGAAAACUAUUGCUUUGAAUAAGGAGCUUGCAUAUUGUUCUGUAAAUAACAGCUCUAAACAGAUUAUCAACAGGUGCAAUAAUGAAUGGGCUGAGAUAAAUUUAUUUUAUUCUAGCUUCGGAGAGUUAUGUUGUCUGUUUUGCUGUCCUCCGUUUCCCGGUCGGAUUGCUGCCAAGCUUGCGUUUUUGCCUCCAGAUCCAACAUAUAAUCUAACAGCGAUUGACGAGAGCAAAGCGAAAUACUUGCUUAGUUUCAAUGAACGCGCUGAAUGGCCCUACUCAGAACGAGAAAAAGAGAAUGUGGAAGGAUUCUUCACGCGAACUUCGCGUGGUAACAAACUUUCGUGUAUCUACGUUCGGUGCGCCCCGAAUGCAAAAUACACAUUGCUAUUUUCACACGGCAAUGCCGUGGACUUAGGACAAAUGAGUAGUUUUUAUCUUGGCCUCGGAUUAAGGAUCAACUGCAAUAUUUUCAGUUAUGAUUAUUCCGGAUACGGCCAAAGUAAUGGGAAGCCUUCGGAAAAAAACCUAUAUGCCGACAUUGAUGCUGCGUGGCAUUCGCUUAGAACACGAUUCGGUGUCAGUCCAGAAAAUAUAAUUUUAUAUGGGCAGAGUAUUGGAACGGUACCUACUGUUGAUCUGGCUGCCCGUUACGAUGUCGGUGCAGUGAUACUGCAUUCACCGCUUAUGUCUGGAAUGCGAGUUGCAUUCCCCAACACAAAACGUACAUGGUUUUUCGACGUGUUUCCUAGCAUUGACAAGGUGUCUAAAAUCAGUUCUCCAGUUUUGGUAAUUCAUGGAACCGAGGACGAAGUGAUAGACUUUUCUCACGGAUUAAGCAUUUACGAGAAGUGUCCUAAAGCUGUCGAACCUCUCUGGGUAGAGCUUUCUGAGAAUAUCAAAGUGUUUAAAACACUUGUAUGGCGAAGGCUCAUAUCCAACUGUUCCAACUUCGUGAUGUUUUCUGCAUCUCUCAUGAUAAGUUGCGUUUAUCUUUUCAUACAAGCACACAAUCUGAUGAAAACUUUUUUAUACCAGUUUCCCAUGGGUAAAUCUUUCGUGUAUUCAGAUUUUUGUAUUCCAUACCUCAAUAGCGUAUGAUUAGUUUGAUCUUUUCGACUGCGAUCGAAAUAUAUUUUCAUGGUUUCGGUUAUCGAAUCCUCACAUGUAGAGACUAGUUAAAUUCCAAAUUUGUAUAAGUCGAACCUCAAUACUGAGAUUGCACAGAAAAGAGCCGGUGAGUUAGUGUAUUAGAAAAUUAUUACUUACUUAUUUGCAAAUCAAUUUGUAUAGUUACUGGUUACUAAUAAUCACUUCUAGUAUGUAAGAUAUUUUGAGGGUUGAUGAACCUGAUCAGUGAACAUUUAAUGGAAAAAAGUUAAAGAUAAAUCAAUAUGACAACUUACCAUAGCUAUGCACGAAAGAAAUAAUACUAUUGUCGUUUAGUUGAAGCAUAAUAAUUCCAUGUAACUUGAAUGAAAAAUCUGCUGCAAAGGUUCCAGAAUAGGGCUCUUAAGACGAAAAGAAACAGCAGAAAACACAAUUGACUGCCAACGAUUGAAAAAUUGUGACCAUUUUAAUCAAUCCAUUUGUACAGAACUAUAUCCCUUCAGUUGAAUGUACAUAUAUCUUUAAAAUAAUAAAAAGUGAGACCAAGAAUCGGAUAGGUUAAAAUCGAUAUAUAAGUAGCAACACUACAACCCUGCUGCAUCAGCAGAAGUUUUUCUAAGGCUGUAACCAUAUUUAGGCUUAUUUGUUUCAAUUUAUACUGGAAAAAGUUUCCGCACGAAUAGUAAGAUUGUAAAUGAAGAUAGAGUAACAGAAGCUUUUUGGUCAAACACGAAAUAUCUGACAAACAUCGAGAAAACAAUCUGUUUUGUAAUUACGAAUUCUUUACUCAAAAGAUAAUAGAAAAAAGUCUUCAGGUAACAUGAACAUUAAUGUACUUUCCAGUUGGUCUCGAGUUAGAGUCAAUAGGAUCGUACCGCUAGCACCGCAAUUAAGUAAGUGCUCGCCGGAUUCGUCUCUUCUACCUUUGGUCACGGGAAAACUCCAAAAAGUUAUUUUAGCUAGGGGCACCAAAAUUCACGGGAAUAAUUAAACAGCUAUAAUCUUUCGUUUUUUCAGUUUGAGCUCUAGGGCAAAACCUGUGUUAACCAGUGUUAUCUCCGGUGUUCAGACAGUGUCUGCCAUGAGCUAUCUCUCUGUAUGCUAUUGUCUUUUAGUUUAGAUCCAUAAUUCAACUUCAAAAAAUGGAACAAUUUAUAAGGCACUUACAAAUGUUGAACCGGUGGAAAAACUUUCUAUAUACUUUUGAGUAAAAUUCCGUAAUUUACCCAAGUGGAAUCCGAAACAAACAUUGAACUAACAUUUCUCAAACUUUAAAAUCCCUCUCAACAAAUGUGGAAGCAAGUAUUUCGAAUUUCAAUAAAAAUGUAAUGAUGCCAAGCUUCCAUUUGCCGUACGAACGAUUUAAAGAUUAUUAGUGAAAACCAUACCGGUAUAUUUCUACUUCUUUUUUAUUUUCUGUAAUAUCUUUUCCCUCGCACAAGGAAAAUGAUUGCAAUAAUGUACUCUACUGAAUCCGAUAGUAAGCGUUAUCAUCGCAAACAAAUCAUAUACCGUAAACGGGUUUAUGGUUCUCAUCAUCGUUUAAAAUCCGAAAUUCAUUUACGAUAGGUUUCGUAAUUAGUUAAAAAAACAUAAAUAAACACUUAAUAAGAUUUAUUUAGAUUAAACAAAAUUAUGGUAGCUAAUGUAAAAAAAACAACGUUAAGUUGAACACAAAUUCAAAUUUAUGAAUAACAUAUUCGAAUAAAUAAUGCAUACUACUUACUGAAAGCAGAAUGCUAAAUUAGAACUGAUUCUUUGUUGCGUAAUAAAAUUCACGGUCUCUGUUCCCAUCACCACUUGACGGUUGAUGAAAGUUCACGAUCACUAAGCUGAAUUGAAUCAGUAAAAUCUAAAUAAACAACUUAAAAGUAAAAAUGUUCGUCUGAGAAAUGAUGGGAAUAGGCGCUACCUACAUUGAUUAUCAAACUGAAAUUCUGAAUUACAUGUAAGGGGCAAAAGACGUAGAGUAUACUAAUGAUUAAGAGACAGUAUUUUGAGAGCAAAUACAUGGUAAAAAAAAACUAUCAGAAUAUCAUAACUUUGCCAAACAAGCCUCAAGUCAGUCUGCAACUCAAGCAUAUGAAGGGUACGCAUAUGAACUCGAAACAACUGAAGUGAAUUGAUAACUUUACAGUCUACCCAAAGUAACCAGGAAUACUUACUAUGUACAUGCGUAUAACACUAUUGUAACUCGAACAUGUAAAAUAAAUAUUUUUUUCUUA